UUGGCUUUGCCUAAACGUUUUUGUUGUUGUUUCCGCGCAUUUUAUGCAGAGGAAUCUGCUCGUUCAUUUACAAAUAGUUUUUAGGAACUACCAUCACACAUCUUGGCAUCGGCAUCCUCAUUUAUCUGCAUGCUCUGCUCGACUCCAAUUUAAUCUUCCCUUCCUCAAAACCAACUUGUCUUGUUUCAAGAUUUUGCUUAGCUUUGUGUUUCAGCUUGAUCCUUGCAUUUAUGGCUUCUACAUCCUCAUCUGGGCAACAAAAUGCUUUCUCUGGAAUUGACCCUUACUUUAAAAGGAGACCUUUACAGGAAUCUUCCAGUCUCUUUGAUGUGUUCAUCAACCACAGAGGCUCCGAUGUCAUAUCCACUCUGGCUACUCAGCUUUGCAACUCCCUUGAGCGGUUGGGAAUAAGGGCGUUUCUUGAUGAGGAAGAGAUGGAACUUGGAGAUUAUUUUUCUUCUACCCUCAAGAAAAUCAUCCGCUCUGCAAAGGUACACAUAGCCAUCUUUUCCAAAAGAUAUGCAGAGGCACCUUGGUGUUUGGCUAAGCUGGUUCUCAUGUUACAAAGUGAGACCAUAAUUAUCCCUAUGUUUUAUGAAGUGAAUCCAUCGGAUCUUCGCUACAUUGAAAAGGGAUCAUACGCUGACGCGUUCAAUAAAUAUAUAGUGAAGGGCAGAUACACGGAGCAGCAGAUUAACAAGUGGAAGGAAGCCAUACAUUCUGUUUCAUUCAUCUCAGGCUAUAUAAUCAACGACUUGAGUGACUUCAACUGCGAAAACAUAGUGUCAGCUGUGCAAAAACAUUUAGUAAGGUCACAAGCUGCCAAAUAUCCAGUGGGGCUUUCCGAGCUUGCAGAAGAACUUGAAAAAAAAUGCCUUCCUGGAGAUUUUGAAAGGCAGUACGAAGCGAAUGAAGGAGGUGGGAUGGAGCUUACGGAGAAAAAGGAAUCCCAUUUCUCCCAAGGAAAGGCCCUGAUUGUUGGCAUCUAUGGAAUGGGGGGGGCGGGGAAGACAACUCUCUCCAAAGAGUUGUUUAACAGGCACCGUUCAAAAUUCAUCAAAGCAAGUUUUUUGGCUGAUGUACGAGAAACGUUUGCGAGAGGCGGAUUACCUUCAUUGCAACUUAAGCUGCUCAGAGAUCUUUUCGACGAUCAUCAUCUCAACUUUCAGACGACAGAGGAAGGAACCAGCUAUGUAAGGUAUGCCUUUCAAAGUAGAAGGGAUUGCCGAUUCCUUAUUGUUUUAGAUGAUAUUGAUCGCGUGCAGCUCCUAGAUGAUCUAUUGGAUUUAGAUAACAUGAAUCCUGAAUGCUUGGUAAUUGUCACCACCCGCAAUGAGCAAGUUAUUACAGACGCCGAAAUUGAUUGUCGUUAUAAGAUGAAGGAUAUGAGCCCCAAACAUAGCAGAGAGCUCUUUUGUUGGCACGCGUUCAGGCAAAAGAAUCCACCCAGUGGUUACGAAGAAUUGGUUGACAAUUUUGUGGAAGUGAGUGGAUUUUUACCUCUGUCUCUUCAAAUCUUUGGCGGGCUUGUUCGUGAUAAAAUUGACGGAGAGAAUUGGCACUUCUUUUUGAAUAAAGUUCGUGAGCAGCUGAAUCCAGACAUAAAAGCUUUACUUCAAAUUAGCGUUGAUACGCUAGAUGGAGAUGAGAGACAGAUGUUUAUGGACAUUGCAUGUUUUUUCAUUGGCAAGCCUAAAGCCAUGGCCAUUAAUAUAUGGGAGGGUUGCAGAUGGAAAGCCCAACAGGCACUCCAAAAUUUAGAGAGAAAAUCUCUUGUGCAUAUAGCUGAGAGUGAUUUGGCUGGAUAUGAAUUCGACGACAAGCUUGUUCUUAAAAUGCAUGACCACGUCCGUGACCUCGGAAGGCAAAUGGCAGACAAUCAGAGCUUUCCUCGUCGAAACUGGCAUUUUGAUUCUUUGGAAUCAAAUGGAUUUGAGAACAUCCUCAGAGAAACUUCUUCCAGAUGUCUCAAUUCGUUUUUUGAUACUUCCAUAAAUUCUGAAGUUACAUACUUUUUGGGGAAUCUAGAUCAGACAAGACCUUCUUUGCUCUGGCUUGAGCUUGAACUAGAUGGUUGUGAACAGUCAAGCUUGCCCUCUUGGAUACCUCUGCAGCAUUUGCGGAGCUUAAGAAUCUUCUCUGCACGUCUCAACGAAUUAUGGCAGAACAGUUCACAGGCCCCUGUCCAUUUGAAAGAGCUGGUGCUUCAUGAAUGCUCGUUGGCAGAGUGCACAAAUUCAUUAGGAAUGCUGAAGGAUCUGGAAAAACUAGUCCUAACAGGAAGAAACGAAGGAAUGAUAGUUGAUGGCAGAGCCUUAUCUGAAUCUCUAAGAGGACUCACCAAGCUUCAAAGUUUGGUCUUGAGGUGUUUUACAUUAAAUGGAGAGUUUACUUUGAACAGGGGGUCAACUACUUUUUCAGCUUUGACGUAUUUUGCAUGGGUUCGCACCACUCCACGCAAUUCUUGCAUGGGGUAUUUUUCAUCAGCUGGGGAAGCAGAAUUAAUCAGCUAUGGAGAUCCAACAAUUUAUGCUUCUUCCGCCGACAGAUGCAUCAGUAAUCUGCAAAGCAUUGAGAUGCGCGGCAUAAAACUUGUAUCCAAGGUCUCAAUUGGUGGAGAGUAUUGUCCCAACCUUGAGUCUCUUCACCUCGAUUCCAUGGAAAAUCUAAUUCAAGUGGAUUUGACCCGAAUGAGAAUAUUGAAUUGUCUUGAGUUAAGGUUGUGUGAACUAUUGAAAAUGGUAUCAGGGAACUUUGAUCUGCCAGAGCUUGUAACACUAAAAAUAGUAAGAUGUGGGGAACUUGAAGAGUUGCCAAGCCUUGAGAAUCUAAGAUGUUUGGAGAAGAUUGUAAUUGAUGGAUGCGGGAAACUGCAGAACAUAACAGGUGUUGAAGAGUUGCAAGAAAUAAGAUGUUUACAUCUUUCAGGUGAUAUAGUGGGCUCUAUUCAUAAUUUAGAGAAACUACCAUCACGGGUUGCGAGUGUUAUUGGGAAAGCAAGUCAUCAAGCCAUGACAAUAUUAGAUGCAAACCAAUUUUGCAAUUUGAUGGCUAAAAACACAAACACAGUAAUCGAUAUAAUUGAAAGUGGCGCAAUGUCGGAGAAAUCACUCGAAUCCUUAAGUACACUCAUCAUAUGUGCUGUGGUUCGAGGGUCCUAUGCAUCAGGGACAAAUGCCAUAAACAUUCGCCUUCCUUCCGGACUGAUACAGAGCAAUAUCGGUGGAGGAGUAUGGGUAGUUACCAUUGCAAUCACCGGGGAGAAAGACGUGGCAGACUACAAAGAGCUUCUCACCGUUGAGGAUGAUGCUCAAAUCAAGAAACAGUGGAUGGUGCCGAUUAAAAAAGACGAGGAAGGAAAUGCCUUACAAGUAUUCAAAACUAUUAUUAGUCUACUGUAUCAAUAUAGUUGUACAGUCUGCAACAAUGAAUGA